CGGAGGAGUGGGGCGGAGCUUCUCUAGGCACCGCGUCAAAGCUUGAGAUGCGUGCUCUGCUCCCGCACUUUCGAUUCCGCUAGCCGCCGUUUCUGUCGCUGUCGUCGCCCGGGGUGAAAAAUUCCCCCGAACAAUGGGUGAGACAUUCUCCCAGCUGGAUGAGAACAAGUCAAUCCUGCCCCACAACUCAGCCAUUAACAGCAAGACUGCCAGCUACUCCAGCAAUGAUAGCAGCAAGUCAUUUUGUUCCUGUAUGCCUUGUGAAGGGGCUGCUCGUGCCAGCUUUGUGACUUGUCCUACCUGCCAAGGCAAUGGGGAGAUCCCUCGAGAGCUGGAGAAGCAACUGGUGGCCCUCAUCCCCUAUGGGGACCAGAGGCUGAAGCCCAGACACACGAAGCUCUCUGUGUUUCUGGCGGUGCUCAUCUGCCUGGUGACCUCCUCCUCCAUCAUAUUUUUCCUGUUUCCCCGGUCCAUCACUGCAAAGCCUGCGGGCCUCAACUCCUCCACGGUGGUCUUUGAUGACACUGCUAUUCACCUCAACAUGACAAGUAUCUUGAACAUCUCCAAUCCCAACUACUACCCCAUCACUGUGACCCAGCUGAACAUUGAGGUUCUGCAUGUGUCCCUUGUAGUAGGGCAGAUCUCCAACAGCCUUUUUCUACACAUCAGCCCCUUGGCCAGUAAACAGGUGUUUUAUACAGUAGCCAGCAAGAUAUGGGAUGAAAACACAUACAAAAUCUGUACCUGGCUGAAAAUCAAAGUCCACCACGUGGUUUUACAUAUCCAGGGGACCCUGACCUGCUCCUACCUGAGCCUUUCAGAGAAGGUGGUCUUCCAGGGCUAUGAAUAUGUGGACUGCCGAGGAAAUAUGUCAGUGCCUCAUCUGCUUAUCCCUCACCCCCCCUGACCUGUCUGCUGCUUCUGUACUCCAGGUACCUUCAAGCCUGGUCCCUAUCUCCCUCAAGUCUGUGGGGCCCAAGGAAGGACUGACUUUGCCAAAGGAAAAGCCCUGAUUUAUCAUGUACUACCCCCAACACCCUCAGCACAGGUUGAUUUCUGUAAUGUUAACAUCACACAUGCACACACACACUGGAUCCUCCAAUUUCCACAGGUUCAUUUCCAGGGUCAGCAUCAGAUCCUGCCCUUGGUCUGUUAUGAGGAAAGUUUGAUCUGACAUUGUCUUGCAGCUUAGCACGUUGGUUGCCCAGCUUCAUCAAGACCAGUCUUCUUCCUGUCUGAAUGUGGAGAAAGCUAUAGUUUUUAAUCUAGCUUUUCCAACAUGGACCCUUUUCACGUUCUCUACUUAGUGAUAAAGAAGUGACUUUGGGGACAUCCAGUGCUGUCUCCAAGGCCUUUUAGUAGAACAUACAUGUUCUCCUAUGCCUCUGCUUCAGUCAUGUGACAAAGUGAUGGUGAUAGCCUGUUUCUCUCUGCUAAUUUGUUCCCCAUCCAUCUGUAAGAUUGGCCAAGGCCCUCUGCCUUUCCUGGUUAAUGACAGCCCAUGGUUCCCAGGAAGAUAGCUGUUCUCCAUCCAAACCUCCUUUUCUCUAUAGAACAGUUUUAUUAUUGUCACCACAACAGGAGCUCAAGUACUAGGAAGGGAGGCAAGCCACCUGGCACCCCUCUGAACCUGGCACCUGGUCCACAUAGGAAAAAAGCAUCUAAGGCAGAGGCAUUUUAAAAGGUAUUUAUUAAAGGAGGGUUUCUAAGCUCUCAAUCCCGAGUCCAUGUGAAUGGACAGGCAGGUCAAACUCUGGGACCUCUGCUGUCUUCUGAAAGCCUGCAGGAGAUGAGGUUGUCAGUCUCCAGUCAAAGCUGCAGGACUCUGUUCAACUCUGCUCCUAGUCCCACCUUCUGCUCCCAGAAGCCUCUGCUCUCCUCUGGGCUUUGACAUUGAGAAGAGUAGCCCAUCCACCAGGACUAGAGCCAAACCCCAGGUAACCCCCAGUUCCUACUGGGCUCACAUGGAGGCAGUUUCUGUACUUGGGCAGAGCAGGGGUGAUAUUUACUCCUUAAAGGUGGCUAGAUUUUUGUCCUUCAGACAGAGAAACAAACAUAGGUUGUGGGGAAAGCUGAAUUUAAAGUGAGGUAGGUGGAGGAGGAUGUAGGAACUAGCUGGGGCUACCAGAGGGAGAAAGGAGUCUUUGCUAUCUCAAAGACUUCACACAUAGGUAGCUGGGGUCAAGGUGGUGCCAGCAAAGCUCAGAAGUUCAAGGGAACAGGCUAGGGCUUCUCUGUAUAGGUCACUAAAUGUAAAAGAUUUAUAUUGUGUUCAAUAAACUGUACUUACUAGUGUUGAAAAAAAUGUCUGGAAGUGAGAGGGAGCUGGUAGACACUCCCUGUCUCACAAACUGCUUUAAUAUUCCAGUGGGCAUAAGGGCCAACCAGCCUCCCUGAGAAUGUGUCCUGCUUUUCUGGCUUCUGAGAGAUUACUCACAGCAACUCACUUUCUCCCUCUUUCUUUCAAUCUUAAUACUCCUAUUCCAUGCCAUUCUCCCCAUGCCAUCCCAUCUGCUCCCCUCAGGAAAUGUCCUCAGCCUCACUGAGACAGGGCUCUUCAGUUUGACCCAAAGAUGAUGCUCCCCCGACUACAAUGAAAUGAUGCAUCAAUCCCUUGGACUUGGGUGAUGACUAGAGUGAUUGAGGAAGCCUUUUGCAGGAUCAAGACAGAAAGGACUUCCUAGGACCUGCAUCUUCCUGAAGCCUGACAUCCAGGGUCCCCCAGCCCUGCCCACUCUUCCACCUUGGGCUAGAGAGGGAGGGAUGUUGGGCCUUUGGAGCCUCCUGGUUCUCCCUGCUAGAUGGAAAGGCUGAGACCUGGGAAGAGAGGCCUGAGGAUUUUAGCAGACAAGUCCCUCUCCCCUUCCCAAGAUCAGAUGUCCCAGACCCAAAGCUGUACCCCUCUUUCUGAGCUUUUCUCCCCCCCCCCACCAAGUCAACCAUUUAACAGCUGAGUACCCAUUAUGGGACAGGUAGUGCAAGAGGUUUAGGAGUCCUGCUGCUCCCCCAGGCCUGUGCUGGUGUGGUGUAGCCCCUCCUCCUCAGGCUGGCUUGGGAAAGGGAUAAUGGCUCAAAUCAUGGUCAGUAAACUUCAUUUGACAAUGAGCUGACAGACCUAUUAUUGCUGAAUAAGGGCCAGUAGUAAUAAGGACCAAGGGAAGACUUGGGAGACCCAAGACCAAGUUCUCUCCUUGGCUUUGCCUCAAGAAGCAUGAAGUUCUCUUCCACUUUCUUCAUCCUCCUCCUAGGCCCUCCUGCUCCCUACCUUAUCCCAUUCUCAAAGCUGUCUGUUCUGGUUCUUUGCAGAAAUCACAUUUUACUCCCAGCUAAUCUCUUCUGGAGUAGAGAUGUUGCUGAAUGGUAAGAAGGUGUGGGGUCUUGGAGUCUAUCUCUGGCUCACCACUGCUGGAUGUAAUUAGUCGACUGAGAAAAGGGAGAAACGGCAAAACAAAAGUUAGUAGUUUCAGGCCUGCUGUUUUCAGAACAUUGUGUUAAGCCCUUUGAGGCCAGAGGAAACAAAGUGAACUAUACAGCCUAGUCCUAAUCCUAAACCUGAUGAAAGAAGCUACUCAGGCUCGCCCUUUGCACUUGUGUCAGAGGUCUUUCCAAAGCUUGCACCAUUUUAUACUCUCAUUAAGAGUUACCAGGGGAUGGCUCAAGUGGUAGAGCGCCUGCUUAGUAAGCACAAAACCUUGAAAUCAAACCCCAGUACCACUAAAAAAAAAAAAGUUACCAGCAAUGUAACUGGGGGUUCGACUCAAGUAGAGCACCUGCCUAGUAAGGGUGAGGCCUUUUAGUUCAAACUCUAUUACCACCAUAAAAAAAAUAGUUACCAUCCACCAACCUCAUAUGGACAAUAAAUGACUAUGUUUCUGGUUUAAAGAAAAAAUUUAUUGAACUGAGCACUGGUGGCUCAUAUAUCUAUAAUCCUAGCUACUUGGGAGGAAGAGAUAAGGAAGAUGGUGGUUUG